AUGGAUAGAUCAAAUUACAAUAUUAAUAGGAUUUAACAAAAUAAGAGCUAAACAAAUGGCCUUUAAGAUAAUUCUAUAAGGAAGAGCUAAGAGUCUUUGAUUUCUAGAUAUAAUUUUAGAGAAGCUGUAAACUAAGGAUUAGAGAUUUCGCAAUAGUAUUUAAGCUAGCCUUUAAAAUAUGAUUCUGGAUUUUUAGGAAAAUUUAUGAACGAAAUUGAAUAACAAAUAAAAUAAGGUCCAGAAUAUAAAACUUUGGAACUAUCUUUUAAAAGAGCUGUUUCACGUUUUGCUAAAGAAGCAGAAGGAAAUCUUUUGAAAGACCUUACUCCAGAAUAGAUUUAAUCUGUUUACAGAGAUAUUGGAAGAAUAUUUGACAAAGAAGAAGAAGGAGAAGAUCUUAAAGCGAAGAUAAGAUAAGUUAUGAAUCUUCGUCUUGAAGAUAUGAGGAGAUAAAUUAAAGAUAAUAAGUGGAGCAUAAUUUUAAGUAUGCUAUAAAACCUGAUUAUCAGAAAUAAAGGCAAUAGAGAUUGUUUUGAUUUAUUAGCAUAUAGACUUCUACCUAACGAUUUGAGAUAAAUUAUAUGGAAAUUCUGUUUGGAAAAUCAAAAGGAAUCAAAUGAAUAUUCCUAAAAACUGAAUGAAAAUAGACUGCUAACAAUAUCUAGAUUUGAUGUUGCAAUCAUUAAAGAUACUGAAGAUUUUGUUGGCUAAAUGAGUACUCCACAAGAAUUUGAUGGAGGAAUGAUUUAUUGCAUGAAAACUAUACUUUCUUAUUAUGAAAUUAAGAAGGACAGAAUCUUAUCUGAUUACCUUUACCUAUUAUGUAUUCCUUUAAUGAUUGUUUAUCGUGAUGCUUAACAUAUGCAUAAGAUUCCUGUUGAUUUGAUAGGUUACUAUUUCUCUAUCCAAAGUAUUGUAGCGUUUUUUGACCCUCUUGUAGACUUACUUGUUAAACAUGAUGAGAAGUACGAUGCAGAAAUGACUGAUGCAAUAAUGAACACUUUAGCUAUAGUGGAUGAAGACCUUGCUAAUAAAAUCAACAGUGUACUCAAUUUAGAGCUGCCUUAAUCUAGAAAUUUUUUAGUGCUUAUAGUUAAAAGAUUUGUCCACUCUUUAGGUUUUGCUUUUCUACCCUUACAAGUGACACUUUACAUUUGGGAUUAAAUUUUUAUGAAAAUUCACAAAAAUAGAAUGGAAAUAUUUGUAGAUAUGGCAAUUAUGUUAAAAUGUUUGAAAGAUUAAAUUAUAGACUAAGACACUUGGGAUCAUAUUGUUGAUGUUAUUUACUAAGAAAGCAAAAAUAUAUCUUUUGAAGAAUAUUUUACUGAGCACAGACUAAUUAUGAAAAAUUCAAGAUUUUAUUAAUCUCCUUACAACGUAGACCCUGCCAUAGUAAAUAGAGGGAAAUAAAUUUUUGAUAAUCCUCUCCAGUAACUUAUAGAUCAACAGUAAAAGAGAGAUAGAUUAGCCUACAAAUAGAAAUGGCUAGAUGAAUAAGAAAAGAAUCAACUCAAUAAGAUGAAAAAGUAGAAAAAUUUCCUUGAUUCUGAAUCUGAAGAUGAAGAACCAGAUGAAAAUGAUGCUGAUGCAAGACGAAUAUAACUUUAAAAAAUGAAAGCAGAAGAUAUAAUGAAGUAAAUGAAAACUAAGUAGCAAGCACCAGAAGCAAUGGGAAUGGUUCCAAUGAUAAACUAAAAUGACAGUGAGGAAUACGAAGAUUAGUAGCAGCAUCCUUUCAAGCAAUAAAGUAAUGCUAUUCAGAAUAAUUAAGAAAACGAUGAAGAUGAUGAUGAAAAUUUUGAUGUUUUAAGUGGGAUGAAUUGA